AUGGAGUCCAACGGUGGCGAGGGAGAGGGCAACAUCGACCUCAACCUCUCCCUGCAGCGGGCCUCGUCGCCGGAGUGGUUUGGUUACUUCUCCUGCUCCUACUGCACCAAGAAGUUCUACUACUCCCAGGCGCUAGGCGGCCACCAGAACGCCCACAAGUCCGAGCGCAGCGUCGCCAAACGCACGCGGGAGCUGGCCUACACGCGCCGCCAGGGCCACGUGGGCCAGCUCGGUGAGGCCAGCAGGAGAGAGAAGGACCCGACUAGCAAUGCCACGGGGAGCUCCUCGCACAGGAGGGCGUCCCCGCCGGAGGCAGCUCGCCGGGACCUCAUCAACGAGGAGAUCGAUCUGUCCCUCAAGCUCUGA